AUGCCAUGGCUUCCCAAGUGGAACCACGCUUCCGCCGCGCCAUGCUCGGCCCGCCAUGCUCAGCUGCCCAAAGACUUCCACACUAGACACCCGGUGCCGCCCGAGGCCACGUGGGCCCCAGCGCAUGCUGCCACCUGUGAACUCCAACGGGUGCGCUGGCCCAGGUGGCCAUACAUGCCUGGAGCACCGCCGCUGCCCGAGGCCACUGGAGUUGAAAGCUGUACUAUAGUCGCUCUCACUCAGGAUGAAAAUCUUUGCAGAGAACUAUAUUUUCGAAUGGCCUCCACGUUCCCUGCGCGUCUUCUCUGCUUCUGCCUCGACCGCUCCUUGACCACAGGCAGGUCUCAGGAUCGGUUCCGGAGUCGCGGGGGUGACUGCUUCCACCCGCGUGGAGGCGGCGGCGGCCGUGGAGGCAUGGGCCUUAACAAGAACCGCGGCCCUAUGGGCCCGGGCCCAGGAGGCCCCAAACCUCUGAUCCCGCCGCUGCCUCCGCAGGAGCCGCCGCCCCAGCAACAGCCGCCGCCGCCGCACUAGCCACCCCAUCAGCAGCCUCCACCACCGCCAGACGCCUCUAAACCGGUCGGUCCUCCGUGGCCCGGCGCCGCGCCGGGAGUAGGCAGCGCUCCGCCGGCCUCGGGGUCGGCCCCGCCGGCUACCCCUCCGACUACUGGCGCUCUGCCAGGGCCCGGCCCCACCCCGACUCUGCCGCCCGCGGUCACCUCGGACCCCCCAGGGGCGCCUCCGCCCGCGCCGCCGAGCAGCAGGGUCCUGACCACUCCUCCUCAGGCCGGGGGCCCGCCGCCUCCUCCCGCAGGAGGCCCGGGUCCCGUGCCUAAGCAGGGUCCAGGUCCUGGCGGCCCCAAGGGCGGCAAAAUGCCUGGUGGGCCGAAGCCCGGCGGCGGCCCGGACCUGAGCACGCCUGGUGGCCACCCCAAGCCUCCACACCGAGGCGGCAGGGAGCCCCGUGGCGGCUGCCAGCACCACCCGCCCUACCACCAGCAGCACCACCAGGGCCUCACACCCGGCGGGCCUGGCGGGCGCAGCGAGGAAAAGAUCUCAAACUCCGAGGGAUUCAAGAGGAGACCUGGUGAGAAAAGGUACACACAGCGCUGUCGAUUGUUUGUUGGGAAUCUACCUGCUGAUAUUACAGAAGAUGAGUUCAAUAGACUGUUUGCUAAAUAUGGAGAACCAGGAGAAGUUUUUAUCAACAAAGGCAAAGGAUUCGGGUUUAUUAAACUUGAAUUUAGAGCCUUGGCUGAAAUUGCCAAAGCUGAACUUGAUGAUACACCCAUGAGAGGUAGACAGCUUCGGGUUCGUUUUGCUACUCAUGCUGCUGCCCUUUCUGUGCAAAAUCUUUCACCCUAUGUUUCCAAUGAACUGUUGGAAGAAGCCUUUAGCCAAUUUGGUCCUAUUGAAAGGGCUGUUGUAAUUGUGGAUGAUGGUGGAAGAUCUACAGGAAAAGGCAUUGUUGAAUUUGCUUCUAAGCCAGCAGCAAGAAAAGCAUUUGAAAGAUGCAGUGAAGGUGUUUUCCUACUGACAACAACUCCUCGUCCAGUCAUUGUGGAACCACUUGAACAACUAGAUGAUGAAGAUGGUCUUCCUGAAAAACUUGCACAGAAGAAUCUAAUGUAUCAAAAGGGGAGAGAAACACCGCCUCGUUUUGCUCAGCAUGGUACAUUUGAAGAUGAAUAUUCUCAGCGAUGGAAGUCUUUGGAUGAAAUGGAAAAACAACAAAGGGAACAAGUUGAAAAAAACAUGAAGGAUACAAAAGACAAGUUGGAAAGUGAAAUGGAAGAUGCUUAUCAUGAACAUCAAGCAAAUCUUUUGCGCCAAGAUCUGAUGAGACGCCAGGAAGAGUUAAGACGAAUGGAAGAACUUCACAAUGAAGAAAUGCAAAAACGUAAAGAAAUGCAAUUAAGGCAAGAGGAGGAACAGCGUAGAAGGGAAGAAGAGAUGAUGAGUCGCCAACGGGAGAUGGAAAAACAAAUGAGACGCCAAAGAGAGGAAAGUUAUAGCCAGAUGAGCUACAUGGACCCAAGAGAAAGAGACAUGAGAAUGGGUGGUGGAGGAGCAAUGAACAUGGGAGAUCCCUAUGGUUCAGGAGGCCAGAAAUUUCCACCUCUAGGUGGAGGUGGUGGCAUAGGUUAUGAAGCUAACCCUGGCGUUCCUCCAGCAACCAUGAGUGGUUCCAUGAUGGGAAGCGACAUGGUGAGAAUGAUUGAUGUUGGCUGAUAUAGGAGUUCUCAUUCACUUCAAAUGGAUAAGGCACUCUUCAAGACACCACUCAACAUGGGCCACCUGUGAAGGAAAGUCACAAGUUGCUAGACUGACAAAGAGUCUAGGUAAGGAUCAGGUGAGCUGUGUCCAGAAAACCAGUGAAGAUGAACAUAAAGAAGGAAUGAAUAAUAUAUCAACUAAUAAAUAUUUUAAAAUUU